GUCACAUGAAUCCGGAAAGCGAAAACAAGAUAUGUAAACACGAAUGUCAGGAAGAAGAUGACAGUGCUUGCUAUAUAUCGACACUUUUAUCUUUUAAUUGCAGUCUUUGGUUUAUUCCAAGUACGAGUUGAAGGAAAAGAUGUCUUCAUCGAACCAUGGAACGCUACAGUUGUGUCCCUCCCAGGCCAGGGUGAGGCUGCGGUCACAGUAGAGGCCAUUCCGUCAAACUACAGCUUUGUCCUCUUCCAAGCACACACUCAGUCAGAGAAUGUAUCAAUUUCGUCAACACAAACUUUUGACGAGACUGUGACCAUCACAGGCAGCCAUCUUGGAAUAGUGGUACUGUUGAAAGUACCUGACACCAGUGCGACAAUGUACUUAAGGUCAGAUGUCAACACUUCUCUCAGCGUACUGGUAUCUACUGACCUUCACACUCCUUCUGAUCCAGUGCCAGGGGCCUGCAAUGAAGUGUUCAAGCUUGAAAAUGACCCCAACAUUCACUUGGAGACCUUCAAGUACUCCACAAACUUCCAGUUCCAGUGGGGCAAUCUGGGCUUUACCAGGCAGGCUCCUCAAGGCGACUGUGAACUGCACCAGAAGCAGCUGUCGUAUGACAUUUACGUCUUCUACCUUCCUGAGAUGGACCAGUCAGAAGACACGUUUCUCAUCAAUGUCCGCAAGAUGUUAAAUGUCAGUGAUGUUGUGGAAAAUGGGAUAAAGGUGAUGACUAUCGCUGAAUCGACCAAAUCUGUAGGGUCAGUAUCAUCAGAGGUGGGUCAAGGUGUAGUGCUGACCGUUGUUGUCACGGAUACCAAGGCUGGAACUUCAGCUGUAUAUGUACCUGCUCACACCUAUUCCUGUCCGUUUGGAGAUGGAUCAUGUUCCAGGAAAGUUGAUGCUGUUGAUGGUGUAAUAGCUGUCGUCAGUGCUAUCUGCGGAUUAUUUCUCUGUUUUCUUGGGCAUAGAUAUUUGAAAACAGAAUUUUUCAUAUUUGGAUUCCUGGCCUUUGCAUUGAUGUCAUACAUCACGAUCACAAAACUGUCAGAACUCAACUCAGAUGCUACUGUUGGUGUCAGUGCUGUUGUGGGUUUAGUGGGCGGGGCACUGUUCCUGAUGUUCUGGUACUUCUGCGGCCUCCCUGUGGUAUCUGUUCUACUAGUUGGCCUCACUUCAGGCUACCUCUUCUCCAGCCUUCUGUUCUUCACUCCAUUUGGCAAUCUGUCCUACUGGCACACCACCAUGACCUAUGGCCUGACCUUCACCUGUGCUGUUCUCAUCGGGCCUGUCUUCCUGCUGUGCUUCACUAAAACUCUCAACAUCUUGUCGUACAUUCUGGGCUCGUACCUGUUUGUCUUGUGUGUGGAUGUGUUCCUCUGGAGCAGCCUCAAGUACGUCAUCCUGAACUCCGUGAACCACCAGACUCUCCCCAACUACCUCAACAUCACCAACAUCUUCCCCUUCAACACCAACGAGGUGAUCCUGUCGGUGGUGUGGGCGGGGCUUUGUAUCGUGGGAACGGUCUUCCAGUUUUAUCGAGAAAGGAAAAAACCUCCUUUCCCGCCUUGCCCAGCUCAUGUGAAAAAAGCAAAACGACUAGAAAGACCUCUGUCACAUCCACAUGAGGAAGAGCGACGACCUCUCUUGAGUGAAAGGUCAAGGCCAGAUUACACACAAGAUCAAGGUCGGACCAUUGGCAAUCGUCAGCAAACUGUCCCAACAGCUCAAGUCAAUCAGCCAACUUGAGAAUAUUUAUGUUUCCUGUUUGAUUUGAUGCUUUGGUUUUGUUGUC